AUGGGAGCCCUAACCCUAACCCGGAGUGGAGUGACCCGAAUUGUCGAUCGCCUUCGGAGCGGGUGUUGACCGUCGUCGCUGUUUUUGGGUGUUUUCCUCCCGUACCGCCGUACUUUUUGUUUUGGUGCGCUAGUCGUCCCCUGUGGCAAUUUCAACCCAGUUCUGUCCUCCUCGCAAUCAAGCCUUUGGCGCGUGCCCGACUCCCUCUCUAAUGUGAAGGUUUCUUAAUCAGGCUUUUCGAUGACUGCUUGAAGAAUUUCCAUCAUUUUAGUGGCAUUGAAUUGUUAGUAUUUUGUGAAAUCGUUUUUUUAAUGUAGUUCCAUUGGUGGGCUUUGGUAUAUCAUUUCUUUUCGACUGGGCUUGUAGCUUCAUAUGAUCCUUACUGUGCUCUGUCCUCUUUGUCAUUAGUUAAUUGUACACCAUUUCGAAGCUACAAAUUUACAUCAUGGUGGAUGCAUUCGUUCUGAAAAUGUCUCCUUUCUUUUACUAUAUUCCUUUUUUUUCACGCGAAAUGCGCUUGCUGUCGACCUUUUUACGUUUUUUCUGCUUAUUUUCAACCAGAUUCUUUUGGAAUUUCAUGAUUCAAUCAACACGUUAUGUAGUUAUCAGAACAUUAGAAUCAUAUUAUUGCUAGUUGGACUGUGAACUAAUUGUGUUUUAUCAUACACUUAUGCCAGACAUCAAGUAAACGAUGGCAUAUUUCGAACGGAAAUUUCGCAAAGAAUCAUUCAAAAUUCUUCAUAGAUAUUUUAUUUUAUAAUAUGAAAACAUACGGGUAAUAGAGAGCUAAUUACUUGGUAAAUGAGUACAUAUCCGACUCAUGGUUCAGGGAAACCUUGUUGUGAUUCUUUUUUUCUUCAUCUUGCAUCUUUUUGUGGUCCUUUUGUCUUCGUCUCUUUGUUAGAUGUGAUCUCUGUUUGCGAACUUAGUCAUUAUCUUGGGGUUUUUUUCAGUAUUUCUGCUAAAAAGUUGCACAAGCAAUGCUAGCUCGUGAUAGAAACGUAAGGAUCCUUCUCUUUUCCUUCUAUUCGUUUCCUUAAAAGGUUAUUUUUAAAAAUCAUGAUGACAAUGUGUACCUUCCUUUUUUGCUUUCAAAAAUUUUUCAGGCACCAUAUGAAGCCUAUGGCGACUAUGAUGAUUAUGAAGCAGAAGAGGAUGAUAAACAAGAAGAAGACCCCAAACCCACCAAGGAGGUCCUGGACUUUCUCAAAUUGAGGGAUCAGUUCAAGGAGAAAAUCAGGCAGAAGUAUAGGAAGGAAAAUGCGACGGCUCUUGGUCCCAAUCAUUCUCGGGAUGAAAAUGGGAAAGCAUCAAGCAAUGAGUAAGUUUUUUCGCAGAAGAAGAUUUUUUGCGACUGCUGUUUUCCAUUGAUCAAAGACGAUCAUUACCAAAUUUAAAUGUGGAAAAUACCAUAAUACAACAUGGGUAUAGCAGCUUUAGGCAAAAACUAAAUGACUUAAUGCAUGUAGUAUUGUAUGGUUCGUAUGUAGUUUUCUUGGGUAGGCUUGAGGUAUACUCGCUGGAGGGUUUGUCCAACUGAACUUCACCUUGCUGUGUAUUGAGUAGCACUGGAUGAGUUAACUCACAAACUUGUUCAGCAAUGUUAUGCUGUGUUUGCUGUGGAAUAUUUACCAUAAAUAACUGUAUGGGUAUACAGGGAACUUAUGAUGGCUCAUGUGGUAUCUGUACAUAAUGUAUCAUGUGCAGCUGGAGUAGUUUAAACUUCUCCCAAGCUAUAAAAGAUACAAUUAUGACGUUUAUUUGAGUACUCUUCGAAUAAAAAUAGUGCUUGUAGUUGGAAAAAUAGGUUUGAGGUCUAUGUAAAUCAUAAAUUUAUUAAUCUGUACAAGUAAACAAAUUGUGUGUGCGUGAUGGAGAUUUAGUAGUGGAAAUUUUUAGAAAUACUGCUAUUUAGGAUUGAACACAAACUCAAAUUCUGUAUACUUUAUGAAAUUUGUGCCAUUCACGUGGGAUUGUGGACAACUGCAUUUUUCUUCAGGAUAAUUUCGAUAUUUAUCAUUUUUUAAUAGAAUAUGAUGCUCUUUGUUUUUAAAAUUAGGUAUGAUAAUUCACAUCUCAGAAUCGUGAAAUCCGCAUAGGAAUGAGGAUAUUGUUGCAUUGUUGACUUGGAUUGGUUAUUAAUACUAGUUCUCUUAGAGGUGGUCACAGGUUUUGAUUCUGUCUUUCUAUUAGGUUGAAAAACAGAAAGGGAGAAGAAAAUACUCAAUGAGCUCAUCUGGCUUUGUUCGUCUGAAGAUUUUUUUUUCAACAUUUAUUGAAAUACCACUAUUCUACAAGUUUUCUCCUUUGUCAGCAUUCUAUCAAUGUAUUGCUUAGAGUUCAUGAAGGAUAAUAGUUCCCACCUGAAAGCUGUGAAUAAAGAUCUGUAGAUAGCUCUGAAAGCUUCAGUCAAGGUUUCCAUAAAAUAAAUAAUUUCAUUAUUAAAAUAAACUUAAAAAUAAUCCUCUGGUCAUUGCAUAUAGCAAGUUGCAUUUUGAUGUCAUAUACAAUUUAAUAAGAAUAAAAUUCGUUGAUCUAACAUAAUAUGAAUCUAUUUUUCUUCAUUUUAUUUUUUCAUAAAUGUUUUUAAAAUGAUUCGAUGUUGAUUUUGAACCUUUGGUGUCACACUACCUUUGAUGUUAGAAGAAGAAUUUUAUUUUGAUGGAAUUUUGUUAGAUAUGAUUGAAGUAAAGAAUGCUGGAAUGUUGCAUGAAUGCUUAAUCAAAAAGAGUAACGAGAACUAUGACGAUCUUGGUUUGGAAAAAAACUAGGCUCACCAGAACUUUUCAACGGUAUUGUAAAAUUUGGACGACCUAGGGAGGAAACUACCUAAUGCUGCGUACAACAUGGGGAUAUCACAGAUGCGUCAUCUUGGUAGUGGAUUCUCAAUGAAGGAAUGUCUCGUGAUGAUGGUUAUUGUAACUUUUUCUUGAGAUUGAUGGUGAAUGAAACUGUUUAGGGAUGUUUACUUUAGAAUGAACAUUACCAAAAUCUAUGAUGGCAUUAUUUCGACAAAUGACUAUGCAAAAAUUGCUUGUAUUAUCACUUGCAUGGCUAGGUCAAUACAUACCCUCCAUGUGAGGCUGUUGCUCAUUCCUUACAACUUUUGGGUAGCAAAAACUUGGUUUCAUUUUGGUGGGGUUUUGUUAAUGCAGGUGGCUUGAGGCUAGUGGCUAUAGGAAUUUCCUCUGUUAGAUCUUUGCGUUUGUUACGCAUCAGAAUCAGAAUGAACAAUAUUUGUUAAUCCAGUGCCCAAAUCUCAUGGUGUUGUGGCAGAAGUCUUGUCACAUAGCAGCCCAAAAAUCUCUUCCAACCUGAAGGUUGUUUUCUGAAUCCAACCCGAGGCCUUUUCCCCAGCAUACAUGAUGAUUGAACGAAGUUCCAAAGUUCAAUAAGCUUGGUAUCCAUUCCAAAUAGUUGUGGAAGCCGUGGCCAUGACUGACCUCUGACUGGCCAAUCUCUGAGAGAGAAGGAGGUGAAAACACGAAGGAUGCUGCCAAAGCCGGUGGGGAUCCAUGGCACAGAUUUCCCCUGGUUAGUGAUGAUGAUCGUCUGGACAAUCAUGGUUCCACUGCGAACCUAUCUAUCUACAUGUGUUGGGCCAGGGUUUUCUUGUGUAUAGGUCCCCCCAACCCUAUCUCACAAAACUCAACAUGUUCCUUUUUCCAGCCAGUUAUAUAUCCUUUGGAGUAAGUCAUACGAUUACAGUACUAUAAUGAAGAUCAAAUUGGGCUAUUUAAAGGUAGGAGGAUGAGACUUAUUAUGAUUUUCACUGGUCAGCAUUGAGCCACGCAUGCUUCAGUACCGGUGCAGAGUAUCAACUUAUUGCAAUUGUAAGAGCAUUAUUUUGAAGCAUUGACAAAAAUGGAGCUUUGUUUGUUGCCUUAACAGGAAAAGUCAGCCAUUCUCUUCCUUGGUAGACUAUCAAUACCUGUGUAUGAUCCUGUGGGGAGAGAAGCCCCCAACUAUUCAUAGGUACUAAAAAAUAGUGCACUACAAAAGUUCUGUUAUGACGGAUGAAUUCCCUCGAAUUUCUCCAAAUGGCUACAAGGUUGUUUGUUCUUGAGGUUCAUCAGGAAAGAUUGAGCUGAUAACCUAAAAAUAAAAUACUACUUUCCUCAUGUAGCAAUGGUUGGCUCGCGUCUCUAAUUCGAUGGAUAAUCAUAUCAUUUCUUCAAGUGGAUAUCUAAGUGCCCCCCUAAUCAUGGAGGGUUUGGCUUGGAAAUAACCGCGCCCAGUUGCAUCUCCCCGACUCCCCCUUGCAUUGUCUUGCCGCUGCUUGAUUUUGUUUUUGAAUGUAUGUGUAUAUUCAUAUAUAUCUAUAUAUAUAUAUAUAUAUAUAUAUGUAUCUUGUAUGAUUACAAAUUAUGAGCAAAAACAGCUAAAAGCUGGUGAUAAUAGAGCGAGAUUCCAUUGUGACGAGGCAUAUGAUGUGGAUGGAUGAAAGAUGAUUGGUUUUGCUCGCCGGCAGAUUCGGCUCCUUCUUUGGACCCUCGCAGCGGGUGAUUGCUCCCCGGGUGAUUGAAGAGAGCAGGUCGAUCCGGGAAACCGAGCACAUCGUCUCGAGGGGUCCUCCCACCACCUCGGCUUCUGGAGUAUAUAGUCCUCUUCGUCUCGCAAAUACCACACCUUCUUUGGAUCGUUUUCUCUCUCUCUCUCUAAAACACACAUUCUUUGUGGGGCCGCAGGUCAGGCGGCCGUCCUCAAAUGCCGAGAGGGAGCCUCUUCCGAGGGGGAAGCCUUACCGGGUUAUCAACGAGGUGGAGGAAAAACCCUACCCAUAAGCCCCUCUCGUCAGUGGAUUUCUAUUCCUGUGGACCUUUGAAUGGAUCUAAGUUUUCACUUUGUUGCCGGUUGCCUUUUUUUUUGGUUGCAGACGCAGAGGAAAGUGCAGACGCUGAAGGAAACCCGGGACUACUCAUUCCUCCUCUCGGACGACGCCGACCUCCCCUCUCAGGCCAGCGGCCCUCCUAAGGCCGCUACUGCUCCAGCUCCUUGUUCCUGUCAGUCAGGCACACUUUUUCUAUUAACAAAUAGAAUCUCUAUUAUUAUUAUUAUUAUUAUUAUUAUUAUUAUUAUGACUAAAAACCUCCUCACUCUCUGUUUUUUCUUUUUUUUUCUUUUUUUUUUUGGUUUUUUGCCCACGAUCUUGAAGCUGAUCGAUCGGGCCAGGGUCUACCGCCCCCCAAGACGCCGGUGAUGAAGCCCCCCAGACAGGUUCCUGAGAGACAGCCCUCGAGAAAUAGGGCGGAACCCGGACUGGGCCAGACCCGGCCCAUGCCGAAGAAGGUGGAGCAUCAGAGGCCCGCAUUCCCGGCUCGGCCCAAGGUGGCCCCAAGUGAGCCCAGAAGUGCACCCAAGGGCGGCAGCGGGGGCGGGGGCGGUGGGUCCCACUCAGCCGCCCGACCUGCGACCGUUGUGAGGAAGCCCACCUCGUCAUCCGCGGGGGAAAUGAGGCCUUCGGCCAUGGAGAGGGCGCCCUUGGCGAGGGCUCCUUCUACCUCAGCAUCUGCCCAACAGAGAAGGGAGGCCCAGGAUGGGCCCAGGCAGAGGGCAUUGCCCCCGCCGGGUGCAGCAGCGUCUUCUUCAAAGCCUCAGGUUUUACUGUCUCCGGCUUUUCCUGUCAAGCGGCGGUCGUCUUCGAGGCCCUGGUUCGUAACUGGUUCCUCCUUUCUUUGGUCAAUUUCAGGCGUUGAGGGCUCCGCCGAGGCCGAUUCAGCGGCAUGGGACGGAAGGAAACCGUCGGGGAGAGAGAGAGAAACCCUCCAAGGGUCACCUGAGGAACCCCUUCGACGACGACGACGACGAUAUCGACGACCCGAUGAGCUUCUUGAGGAAUACGUUGUUGUCUAGGUAUGGUGCAGUUUCGAUUGCCUCCUUACAACUGUUCGUAGUUUUUUCUUUUUAAUCAAAUUAAUGCUUUUGCCCUUUCGUGUUGUGUGAUGAUGAUUACUGCAAUAUUUCAACCACCAACUUCUCGUGCCAACGUAUAGACGUCGCUCAUUAGGGCAGAGAGAGAGAGAGAGAGAGAGAGAGAGAGAGAGAGACGCCGCUUUGACGCCAACAAAGUGGAGGUCAGCUAGUUUCUUAUCCGAUUGGGUGGCUUCUCAUUCCUUCUCUCUCUCGCUUUCUGUGUUUGUGGCGGCAGGUUCCAGUCCAGCAAGUACCAGGACGAAGAUGAGGAUGAUAGCGACAUGGAGGCCAACUUCGAAGACAUCAUGAAGGAGGAGAAGAGGAGGUAAUGUGUUGUGUGUGUGUGUGCGCGCGCGCGCGCGAGAGAGAGAGAGAGAGAGAGAGAGAGCGUUUCCCGAUUGAGUAUGUUUUUCUUACGGGUUAGGAUCUUGCAGCUCGAAGAUUGCAAAGCAGGAGGACGAGGAGCAGCUGCGGCUGAUCGAGGAGGAGGAGGAGAGGGAGGCGAAGAGGCGGGAGGCGAAGAGGCGGAAGCUCAUGCGGCGGUGA